GAUAAAUAUAAAUAAUGAUUGUGAAAAUAAGAAAAUGAAAAACCAAAAGCGACAACAAAGUAACAACUGUAUCCGUGUGUUUGUUUAUGCAUUUUCCAUUUUUACAUCAAUCCUUUCACAUUGCCAUUUGUUUGAUUUCUUUUUUUUUGAAAUUGAAAUCGAUUCAUUUUUUUUAUUGAAAAUUUCAAUGGCCAUUGACAAUGGCAAUAGAGGUUUUUGAUGAUCCUGUUUAUUUAUAUUUAGGUAGCUGAUUUUUUUUAUGAUUAUUUCUCGGUCGUAUUUUGUUUAUAGAAAUUUUCAAACAUUUUUUCUCUCAUUCUGUCGUUGUCACUUCCUCUAUUUCAUGAUUUAUCAUUUUUUCUUCAUCAUUUUCUUCUUUGCAUCCAAAGUUUCGAUGAUGAUGGAAGGGGAAAUUGAUUUUUUUGUUGCUUGGUUUGUUAAAACAUUCAUAUAAAUUCAACUCAGUGUGUGUGUGUGUGUGUGUGUGUAUUUUGAUAUAUAAAUAAAUAAAUCAUUCAAUCAAUCAAGUUAUCAACAAAUGUAUGUUUGUUUGAUUUGACAAUGUAGUAGAUUAUACCAUUUGUGUUCACAAGUUAAAUGAUUGUUUUGUUUUAAUUUGAAGCGAUCGAGAGGUUUUAUCUCAUCCAUCCCAUUCAUCAUCAUGAUUGCAUUCAUUGUUUUGUUUUCCAAUUGAAAUACAUAUAUACAGAAAAAAAACAUAAUCAAUGUCAUCAUCAUCAUGAAUUCAGUCAACAACCGACGACAAACUGAUGAUUCAGUGGAAUUGUCAACAUUAAAUCAUGGAUCUAAUAAUCAUUCAGCAAUGAUUAGUAAUGGCAAUAAUCGAUCAGAUUUUCAAAUAAUUUCAUCACAAUUACAUCCUCAUCAUAAUUAUCAUGAUUCACAAUUGCCUCAAGUUUUUAUUAUUCAACAACAACAACAACAACAACAACAUCAACAAUCCGAACAACGGCAACAACAAAAUUCAUCAUAUGAUCAGAGAUUAAAAUUUGGAUUAAAUUUCCGUACAAUAAUAAUAUUGAUUGUUGCCAUAAUUAUUGCUUCCAUAGCCAUACGUUCAUUGUAUAAAUCAUUUCGUUGUGAUCCAAAUCAUUAUCGUUAUCGAUAUUCUGGAUCCAAUGGUCAUCCUGUACAUAGUGUUUUUCGUAUUGCUGAAAAUCGUCGUUAUGUGAUUGAAGAUGGUGUUCGUAAAAAUUCUGAAAAAUAUUCUGGUCCUAAUGAUAAUCAACAGUCAUCAUCAUCAUCAUCAUCAUCACCAUGGUGGAAUAUUGGAUCUUGGUGUCCACCACCAAACGAUCGGCAAGAAUUGGUGGCAAAUCCAUUUGAAUUGGCUGCUGUAUCGCUAACAUUGAAAAAUUUAACCGAAAAAAAUAUUAUUAAAUUAUUGAAUUCUACUUCAGGCAGCAACGAUCGUGAUUGUCAAGCUCAAUUAGGAUCUAGUCUUGAAAGAAUGCAACAAGUUUGCAAACAAUAUCGACUGAAUAACCAUUUGUUGAGCCCUUGGCAUUCGACAACACCCGAAUCAUGCAAAACAACACGUCUUUGUCCAUUGAUGAUCGAUAACAGUACGAAAAUAAUGGCCUGUUUUUUGCCACGGGUAUUCGAACCUGAAUGGUUUCAAAAAUCGUUCGCUUAUCAAUAUGAUCACCCACAAUUAAUGUCAAUGAUUCAACAAGCGCAACUAGUCAAUAACACAUCAUAUAUUCGUAUCAUGUUUGUUCGACAUCCUUUCGUUCGAUUAGUCGAUGCAUUCAAAAAGCGAUUUGAAUUAGCGGAAUUUUUACCGGAUGGUCGUCCGCUGAUCAUCAAUAAUGAAACAAUGCAUGUUUGGACAUUUGAAGAAUGGUGUGAAGAAUUAUUGCUACCUAUUGAUCCAUAUCAAUAUGAUCCAUUAUGGGCACCAAUUUGGACACAAUGUGAACCAUGCUAUGUUCGUUAUGAUCUGGUCGGCCAUUAUGAGACAUUUUACCAGGAUUUUCAAAAUGCUCGACAAUUAUUCACUAACCAUAGCGAUAUAAGUGAUAAUAAAAAUGUUGACAUUCCAAUCGUAAACGACCGUGAUUGUGAUAAACGAUCCUAUCAAGAAACCCAACAAUAUAUUCGACGAUUAAAACCAAAAACAAUAAUGGCAUUAUAUGCUAAAUAUUAUCUAGAUUUUGAACUAUUUGGUUAUACGAUUGAUGAAAUUUUUUAGUCAAUAAAAAUAAAAAUAAAAUCAA